GCUAAAAACAAGAGAAGAGGAAGAAGACAAAAUCAUGGUAUGUUUCUGUUUUCUGGUUGAUCAGACAAAGGAAAUGAGCAAAAGUAAGCCGGCGGCAGGGUUCUGCUCGAGGUGCGGUGGAGGGGCCAGUGUAGCCGAUAUGAAAACUCGUACCCGGUUUUGCUACGUCCCCUUCUACUGGAAAUCUUGGAAGGCUAUUGUAUGCACUUUUUGUGGCGCCAUUCUUCGAUCUUACCGUUGAAUGAAUAUCCGUGGGGGGUACCCGCUUUUCUUCUUCUGACUGACCCUUUGACAAG